AUGGGCAAAAUUAUAUAUUUCAUAUUCCUGCCCAUCCUGCUCUAUGGGAUGAUUCCCUCAACAUUGACCCAGAAUUUUGAGAUACCAUCAGUAAUCAAUGUGGAGAUCAAUAAACCCAAAGGCAGCUGUAAUCAAUCCGUAACCAUUGUGAAUGGUAUACCAAUCCACUGUGCCGAUGAAUUAAUUUUCCAAGAAGAAUUUGAGGGCAGCACCUUACAUCCGUACAAAUGGACAGUGGAGAGACGCAUCCCUCGUUCCCCCGACUAUGAAUUUAAUUUGUAUAUUGAUGAUAUAGAGGAUGUCCUUAAGGUCGAAAAUGGUUUGGUUCAUAUUAAACCCACAUCAACGACGGGAUAUUUUGGCAUAACCAGCGUAUCAAAAAGAGAACCCAUCGAUUUGGGACCAACGUGUACAGGUGAACUGGAUUCGGAUGAGUGCUUCAGUCACAGUAUACCACCCUAUAUAUCGGCACAAUUUUCUUCGAAAGACAAAUUCUCAUUUAAAUAUGGCCGAGUUGAGGUUCGGGCCAAAAUGCCCCAAGGCAUGUGGAUAUAUCCUCAGCUAUGGUUGCAGCCAAAUUGUCCGAAAUAUGGUUAUACCAACUACAAUUCUGGACAAAUGCGUUUGGCCCAGACACGAGAUGAUGGUCCGCGGAAAGAUUUAAUUACCGGGCUGGUGUUAAAUUCCGCUCCAGCAUGGCAUUAUCUGCUGCUCUGCAUUAAUAGUACCCAUCAAAAUGUAUCGGAUGAGUUUCACGUCUACGAAAUGUCAUGGACCCCCCAGGCAAUCGUCUUUUCCAUGGACGAUGAGGAAUUUUGUCGUGAUGAGGUCAAUAGCGAAGCUGGUAGUAAAUGGGCCCCUUUCGAUCAGGAAUUUUAUUUGCUCGUGGGCGAGGGCAUUGGUGGCUUGAGUGAUUUUCAUGAUGGCCACUGA